AGCCCCCACGAUUGGACUCGAACCCUCCUAAAGAAGUUGUUGAAAUACUGUUAGAUAACACCAUGGGUGUUUAUCCAAAGACUUUCCAAGACGAUCAGUUCGACUUUGGUGCUUUUGGAGUGAGUUGGUGAGCACAAGUGAACGCAAGAUGACUACGACGACUCAACUAUUGGUGAUGAACCCAUGGACGAGCCACAACAGUUCAGACUCAGCGAACAAGAACAUCCUAGCGAAAGAACAGAAAACGAGAAUAAUGAAGGAGUUGUACAAAAUAGCCGACAAGGAGCUGAGAGAAAACGAAACAGCCAGGAGAGAGUGUUUGGCGCAUUUGAGGGAAUGGAUUAGGCAGAAUCCUGACAUAGAAAAUUGUAUUAUGGAUGACAAUUUCUUACUCAGCUUUCUGCGCGUGAAAAAAUUCAGCAUUCCCAUGGCACAGCAAACUCUGCUAAAAUAUCUCAACUUCAGAAAGAAAUUCAACCAUAUCAUGUGCGAUUUAGAUUAUACGGAUCCCAAAAUCAAUGAACUUAUCGAUUCAGGGAUUUGCAAGAUACUCAAAACCUCCAAGUCGAGUUUUCGAUGGCCCAACCUGUAUGUUAAAGAACAGAUCACUAAUAUAUAUGGUAAAUUCGAUCUUCAAAAAUUCAACGGUAACGAUUUGUCUAGAGCACACAUCAUAACGUACGAAACGCUGAUCAGCGACGAGGACAACCAAAUUUUGGGAGUAAAUCAUGUAGGAGAUAUUGGAGGGGUGGGACCUGGUUAUUUGACGCUAUUCUCCAUAACAGAAUUUGGAUAUCUCAUCAAAUGGGGAGAGCAAUCAUUCCCCUUGAGACACAAGGAGAUAAAUUUGAUUAACGUACCAACAGCCGUAAAGUAUAUUUAUGACUUUGCUGUGUCCCUCAUGAGUCAGAAACUCAAAGAUAGAUUAGUGGUACACGCUUCUCGGGAUCGUCUUCACGAAAAAGUAGACAAACGUUGUCUUCCCCUAGAGUUUGGUGGAGAAAUGCCAGCCAAAGAAAUGAUUGAGAUGUGGAAGGAAGAGCUGGCAGCCAAAAGAAAACGACUGAUGUCUCUCGACGCGAUGAACCUCCUCAGCGAUAGAGGUAUAAUCAGAAGGAAAAAACCUUCCGUCCAGGACGAUGAAGGAAGUUUACCGGGGAGUUUCAGAAAGCUGGAAUUAGAUUAAGUAGGAGUUAGGUACAUAAGUUGUUGUUUCUUAGACUGAAAUAGUUUUGGCGGGUUACAAUUCGAAAAGCGUAGUACAAAUAUAAUUUUGUGAUACGAGUUUAUGACGUAGAAUUCAUGAUGCUUACUUGAAUGGAACUGACAAAUCAAAUUUGAGCGGUUGAUGUUUUCUCUCUGAAAAAUUAUGAUAAUCUUAGGUGAACUGUUGGACUGAAAAGUUGGUUUUGUUGACGAAGCGGGAUUAAGAACUGAAACAUUAUGAAAUUUAACAGCAACAUGAAGGUCAAGAACAAGCACAUAAGAUGAAUAGGUGACUACUAUUAUGAUCAUUCCCAUAUUGAUUUCAGAUUAAGAACCACCGGCAGACAGCUGUUUCAGCUUGUUGGGCAUUGUCAGUAUCUCGAUUGAAGACAAAAUGUGAAUAUCCAAGAAAAGUACUUGAUGAAAAUAACUGCGGAAACGCAAGCGAGACGUAAGUGCCCAACAAGCUGAAACGGCUGUCUACCGGUAGCUCUUAAAUUGAAAUCAAUGUGGGAACGAUCAGAGUUGUGAAGAAUCGAGCUUUUAAUUUGUGGUGUUGACAGGGUAGGGAGGAAUAUUGAAUGUGAGACGAGUAACAUAACUUUGAGUUGAGUUUGAGAUGUUAUCUUUGUGCUUUUUGUGCAUUAGGCCUCUAAAAUGAAGAUGCCAUGGACUGUUAAGAUGUGAAGAAUUGGAAAAAGGGGCUUACCAGGGAUCUUGGACUCUUGCUCUGGUCAUCAAUCUCACUCUUUUUUUUCGAAUUCUGAAAACUUGACUCAUUAAGUUUUGACAACUGUCUCCUUCCCCCAGUAACAAAUUUCGUACCGCAAGUGGGAUUUGCAGAGUGCAAAGUGUGCUUUUCUAGCUGAGUGAAAGUCCAGUUUCAAUUUGUUUUCUAUGUCGGUACCUAAAAAUUUGUUCUCUAGUUUUUGAUCGAUGAUAUGUUUUUCAAUAAUUAUAUGAUCCAAAUUACAUUUGAACGACACCAUAUUAAUCUUUGACAUAUUGAAAGAUAAUAAAUUGGCAUCACACCAUUGUUUAACUUGCUCAAAUCUUGCUCCACUAAAAUUUUUAGUGCAUCAGUACUUCCAUCAUGUCAAAGUAUAGAUGAGUCAUCAGCAAAACUUGUGAAUUUGCCUUCAAUCGAUAUAUAUGCCAGAUCAUUUACAUAUAAUAAAAAUAGCAAAGGACCGAAGGCAGAUCCUUGAGGCACUCCGCAUUUAAGGCUUGCUUUAUCUGAAGAUGAACUUUUAAAAUUCACUUCUUGAACGCGAUCUGAGAGAUAAGGUUUUAUCACACAAACUAAUAAUCCACCAGCUGUGAAAUAUGUACACGCAUCUUUUGAAUGUUAGGUUCAAUUGAAAAUCAUAUGGUUUCAAUACCAUUAGCGCCAUCUGUGUAUUAGCCCACGAAGUUCCCAACCCACCUCAUAUAUAAUUACUAUUACAUCUUCGGAUUGCAGAAUUUUGAUACAUGAAAAUCUUCUUCGAAACAAUCUGCUCAAUGAAAUAUCUCAAUGCAUCAUAACCUAUUGUAUGUUCAUCUCCACAUCUGAGGUUUGAUCUCAAGUAGUUUUUUCUAGAAGUUUAUUCCAUUUCCUGAGGAAUGUUUCAGUCUCACUCAUGGUUAUAAGCUAAUAUGUACUGCCCACAACAAUCAAUAUAAACACGUAACACUCUCCAACGAUUAAGAAUUCAUUAUUGAUAUACAGGGUGGUUCAAGCCUUGACAUCGGAAAACAAUUGGAUUCUUCUCAUAGAGGAAUGUACAAAACUCUCAUAAGUAUACCUACAUAUGAUUUCUCAGUCGGAUCGAAGUUAGUUUUUUCUUUUUUUUUGAAAAGUUUUUCAGUAACUUUUAGAAGUAAAAUACUAUUUAUGAAUUGGUUUUCAGCGCACGAAUCAUGAGCUCAGUAACAUUAAUACAAGGUGCAUUAAGCUUGAUCAAAGUGAAUUAUCCACAUUCAGAAAAAAUACAGCUGAAUUUACAACUUUCAAUAAAAAAAUUCUUCAAAAAUCUUUUGGAAAAUCUAUGUUUUCAAAUUUGAAUACAAGCUUCAAUUAACAGGCAGUAAAAACAACAAAAUUGAAAGUUGAUGAAAUCCUUCAUUUAUUUAUCUACAGAAUCAAUGUUUCAAAAAUAAUCUUUUGAUUUCCUAAAAGUGCUCUAGUUUUCUAUAAUUUCCAUUUCGAUUUCUUCUAGCCAAAGGAAGACAUUUUAAAAAUUUAUUUCAAGUAUAUUGAUUUUGUAGUCUCAACUCUGAGUUGAGACUAGGUUCACUAGACAAAAUAAAUGGAAAUAUUUUUUUUAAGUCAAAUAAGUAUACACAUUUUCACUUCAAUGAUUUCUGUAGCUGGAUUCAGAUUGUGGUUUCGCAAAGUUUUCAAAAUUACCUACUAACUUCAAGGUAUUUUUUAAAUUCUCAAUUCAAUGUUGAAAUGCGAAGUUUUCACUUCAGAUCAAAAUUUUUGUAUUGCUGUUACUAAGGUGAUUAUUCUACAUACGGAUAAACAACUCAUUAUCGAAUGCUACCGUAAAAUCUCUCUUCUGAAAAUGUGAAAAUGAAUUGAAAACGAUCCUUCUCAAAAUUUAAAAAAAAUAUAAGAACAUUGAUAACUUGAAAACGACAGAAAAUUGCUUAACAUGGGCCACAUUUGGCUAACUCUUGUGCGAGCAAUCAAAUUUUACCCUCUUGAUAUUAUGUUUUGACCGCCUUGUAUAUUUUAUCUACCACAAAACGUUUGGUGUGAAGAAAUAUCCGUAUUUUUUUGGUAAAUUGAUGGAUGUAGCCGUUACUACGUGGUAGGAGAGCAUAAUGAAAAGAGAAAUGAA